AUGCAGUGGUUAACUGCCGGUGUUAAUGGCACACACGACAAACCAUUAACAAUAAGAGCUGCUCUUAAUUCAAAAGUGAUUUUUGAUGCUUCUGGUAAAGCAUAUGCCUUUCAUUUAGAGAACUCAUCCAACAUCGAAGUAGUUGGACCUUUUACAGCGAGAAGUGCUUCAUAUCUCACAGUAUCUGCAGUGAACUGCACGAACAUCACACUUUCUAAUUUCAAAGUAUAUAACUCGACUAUGUGGGCUAUUUUAGUCACUGGAUUUAACAUAUUAGUCAAAGACAAUUAUGCACAGGACUGUGUUCUACGUAACGAGAAUUGUAAGAGUACAACUGGAUGGGAGCAAUGUGUGGCGACUUCUGCAGUAUCACAAUACAUCCCCAUUUUAUCCGAGAACAUCACUUUUGAUCACAAUGAAGUGUACCACUCAUGGGGUGAAGGCAUAGACAUCAUUUUAUGUACAAACUGUGUGAUAAAAAAUAAUUACGUGCACGACACCACUUCACAACUUUUUUAUACAGACAACUCUCAUAACAUUUUAAUAGAAAAUAACGUUUUCAGACUGACAAAUGGAACGUUAAAGGGGUGUAAAGGGGACACCAAUGCGAUAUCAAUUGGUGAUGAAAAUUGGGCAAUAAAACCCAUUUCAGUGGUGAACAUCACAAUUAAAAACAAUUUCAUAUGGGGGUGUUCCAAUGGAGUGAGUUAUUGGGGAUCAAAUUCCGUCGCGUAUUAUAGUAACAUCACAGUCAUUUUUAACACAUUUUGGAAGAUAGAAAAGGCCGCUUUACAGUUCACAAACGACUGUGUAGUUAAGAACAAGUCCUUCUUCAAUCAGUUCAAAAACAACUUUGUGUACUCCCCACAGGAAUAUUACUCUGCCGCAGUGAACCCAAAUUACUUAGAUCAAUGGAAUGUGUCUGCCAAUAUCUAUUAUGGUGUUAAUAGAAUCAAUUUAAAGGAUAACUGGAAUGGAACUGAUGGAAAUUGUCACUCAAUUUAUGUACCUUUAGAUGCACAAAGACCCGAAUAUUUCUUUGGGAAGGGAUUCUUUGGAAAUUGUUCAAAUGAAAGGUACUGGGAACCACAUGUAGAAACUUACUGUUUUGUACCUAAAAAAGAGUCGGUGCUGUACCAUAAAGGAGUGGAUGCUACAUACUUUGAAGUGAUCGGAAAACACCAAGAAGACUAUUAUGGAUGCGUGAGAAGUAGAGUCAAACCAAGUAUCGGAUUUUCUGAAGGUGAAUAUAUGUGUAAUUUUGAUGGUACUAUGAUAAACAGUGUUGUUGUUAUAUUGAUAACUAUACUCUGCGUGUUGUGA